AUGUCUUCAUCAGGGGGCUCCGGAAAUCGUAAUAAUGGUUCUGCGAAACCAUUCUCUCUUGCUUCAAACUCCAACGGCGCCCCCCAAAAAACAGCCUUCAACUUCCAAGCAGCUCGCGGCCGUCCCACCGACUCUCUAGCAGGUAAGAGUCGCGCUCUCCCUCGCCGACCACAUCAACUUGGGCACGGGGAUUCCUCAGACGAAGAUGAGCGCGCACCCACGCACGAGGAGGUGUCCGGGUUUGACACUCUUACGGGCGACGCAAUCACCGCCGACGGAGAAGCUGUCAAGAAGCAGGGCCCGCUGGUGAUCCCGGUCACGAGCAAGAAUAACUGGCGCGAUCGCGCUGGUGCCAAUGUGAAGAAAGGGAAAAACCUGCUACCAGCUGAAGUGCAGGCCAUGCAAGAGGCCCAAAGGAAUGGAAAAGCUCCUGGAGGCAAUGUUGAAACCGAAGGGCCCAGUAUGGCAUAUGGGCUUAGUUUUGCGCAGAAGGGCGAACAAGAUGGCCCUGAUGCUGCCGAUGGAGAUCAUUCUAUGGAAGAUGCGAAACCGGUUUCGCCUCCCCCCGCCGCGAGCAAGCCUCUCACGGACGAUGAGAUCGCUUUACAAGCUCUGAUUCGGGAGACCAAGGGAGAGCCAGAGCGGAGAUCAGAUCUGGUGAUCGAGACCUCGAAACCUCGCGACGAGGAGGAACAAGCGUAUUCUCGCUAUGACGAAGCCAGCCAAUUCCGAUCGGAUGUCGAAUCUCGUCCUGAACCUGCGACAUUGGACCAAUACAAUGCUAUCCCGGUCGAGGAAUUUGGCGCUGCUUUAUUACGAGGAAUGGGAUGGAAAGAUGGCCAAUCUAUUGGACGGGGCAACUAUGGUUCUGCAGCGCCAACAGACAAAGAAAAGAAGCCACUUGCCCCAGUACGACGCCCUGGAUUCCUGGGAAUUGGAGCCAAAGAUUCUUCAGGUGGGAAAGGCGCCGAAGCUGAGCUUGGAGCUUGGGGAAAAUCAGCUAUGCGCAAAGCGUCACGAAAACAGGGUGAAGAAAACGGCAAUGCCAAUGCCGAGGGUGUCUAUAUGCCGGUCACAAUGCGCAACAAAAAGACUGGCGAAUACAUGACCGAGGAAGAGCUUGCUGAGCUAAAGAAGAAGGCUGCUGCUCCACCACCGCCAGAAAAGGACGACUGGCGUGAGAGACGGGAUCGCAACCUAGAGAAGAGUGGACGAGACAAGGACCGCGAGUACCGCAAGCGCGAUUAUGAUGACGAUGAUUAUCGCUCUGAUCGGAGGACUGGAACUUCCCGUCGCGACCGAAGUCGUUCGAGUGGCCGCCAAUCUUCUUCUAGACGCUCGCGUUACGACGAUGGUGACCGCAAGAAGGAUGAUCGAUCCUACCGGGAUCGUGACCGUGACCGUGACAGAGAUAGUCGACGAGACCGGGACGAUGAGAAAGAUUAUCGCAGAGACCGAGACCAUGACCGAGACCGACGGUCCCGAGAUGACCGAUACAGCAGCUCACGGCAUUCGUCUCAUUCGUCUCGACAUGACCGGGACCGAGAUCGGGACCGCGACUCUCGGCGAAGCCGUCGGGACGAUUAA